AUGACCAAGGACUCCCAGAUCACCGUGGAUCCUCGACAGGACUUGUACUACAACAAGAACACCGUCGAGGAUGAGGAGGAGCAGACCCAGCUUGCCUCGAGCAAGCCUCACACUGGUGUUCUGAACGUGAUAAUUGCGGGAUUGGCUCUGUUUAGCGAUGGAUACAACGCGCAAAUCAUUGGCUACAUGGAGCCUUUUUUCUCCGUCUUGUACUCGAAAGGCAUGUCGUCCAGUAUCAAAUCUCGUCUGUCCAACUCUUUCUUGAUCGGUGAGAUUUUUGGAAUGCUUUUCUUCGGAGCUAUCAUCGAUCGACUGGGUCGAAGAACCGGUGUUCUCGCAGCGACUGGGUUCCUGGUUCUGGGUGUGGCUCUGGCUGCUGCUGCGCAUGGAACCACAGAGUUAGGCAUGUUCUGGAUGAUGAUCGUAUCUCGUGGAAUCGCUGGGUUUGGCGCUGGAGGAGAAUAUCCAGUGUGCGCCACCAGUGCUACUGAGGCAGCCGAUGAGACACCAAACCUGCGAAAGAUCAGGGGUUUCCUUGUCGCAUCGACCACUGAUUUCGCCGUUGACCUGGGGUUCGUGAUGGCUGGGGUUGUCGCUCUGAUUGUCCUCGCUUGCUUCCACCAGGAGACCCGGCAGGGUGUCUGGAGGGUGUGCUUUGGGCUAGGAUUUGUCCUUCCGCUCGUCGUUUGUUUCUUUCGAAUUCGCAUGAUCAAUUCCACCCAGUACCGCAAACACGCCAUCAAAUCGAGAUACCCCUACUGGCUGGUCCUGAAGAGAUAUUGGAAGCCAAUGCUUGGAACCGCCCUCUCAUGGUUCUGCUAUGAUUUCGUCACCUAUCCUUUCGGAAUUUUCUCGUCGACUAUCAUCUCUCAGUUGAACCCCAACAACACUAUGGUCGAAAACAUCGGAUACGGCACCGUGGUCAACUGCUUCUACCUUCCUGGCUGUCUCGUCGGCGGCCUCCUCAUGGACCGCAUCGGCCGCAAGCAAACCAUGACGCUCGGCUUCUUCCUCUGGGCAAUCUGGGGCUUCGUCCUCGGCGGUGCCCUCCAACCCAUCCAAACCGUCUUCCCGCUGUUCGUAGUGAUGUACGGUAUCUUCAACGCACUGGGCGAAAUGGGACCGGGUGUUUCCACCUUCCUCUGCGCGGCCGAGUCAUUCCCCACGCCUCUGCGCGGCCACUUCCUGGGCUUCGCAGCCGCCUUCGGGAAAGCGGGCGCAUCGAUCGGCACCCAAGUGUUCACGCCAAUCCAGAACUCGUUUUCCUCGACGGCAAAGGGCCAACAGGCCGUGUUCUUGAUCGGCUCGGCCUUUUGUGUGGUGGGAGGGUUGAUCUCGUGGUUCCUGAUUCCAGAUAUGUCGCGGGAGCUGGAGACCGAGGAUGUGAAGUUCAAGGCUUAUCUGGAGGAGAAUGGCUACGAUGUUAGCUCUUACGGCGAGGCGCUCUGUGUGGAUCGAAAGCAGCCACAGUAA